UAGGAGGCGGAAGCGCAGCGCGGGCGGGAAGGUUGUAGUCUGGAGCGGUGCUGUGGUUCUUCUUGGCUCUGAGUGGUCGCUCCCUCCCCUCCCCCCCUUGACAGCCGCGGGGCAACAGCGAGGUUUCCCGCGCAUCCUGGCGUCCUUGCUGCAGGGGACCAUCCACAAUUCCUGUACGGGACCAGCCCCUGGCCUCCGGCCUCUACCUCUCCCGGGCUCUCCUUAAGGCAUCAAAACGUCACUCCAGUAGAAUCAGUUCUCCGAAGCACUGUUCACGCCUUUUGGAGACAGGGUCUCACUGCGUAGCCCAGGCUUGUCUCCAACUUGCAAUCCUCCUUCCUCUGGACUGCAAACGUGAGCCACUACAACGGCUUGGACACACCUUUUAAUAAGCUGCUUUGAUGACUAUAAAGUGCUGAUCAGUUGUCACUGAACAUAAUUGAAGCAAAAAGGGGAAUAUGGCAGCAAACCCUUCAGGACAAGGUUUUCAAAACAAAAAUAGAGUUGCAAUCUUGGCAGAACUGGACAAAGAGAAAAGAAAAUUACUUAUGCAGAACCAGUCUUCAGCAAAUCAUCCUGGAGCUAGCAUUGCGCUCUCCAGGCCUGCUCUCAAUAAGGACUUCCGGGACCACGCUGAGCAGCAGCAUAUUGCCGCCCAGCAGAAGGCAGCUUUGCAGCAUGCUCAUGCACAUUCAUCUGGAUACUUCAUAACUCAGGACUCAGCAUUUGGAAAUCUUAUUCUUCCAGUUUUGCCUCGCCUUGACCCAGAGUGAAGAAAAUACCUGAGAUGAGAAUGACUGUAAUAUCCAGUGCCGGAGCUACCCUCAUUCAGCGCUGUGCCAACAGACUUUCUGAAUUCUGGUGGACUUACAUAUUGUUUGUGUCUUUAAAAGAAAGGUGUGUCAGUGGGAGGAAAAAGCCGGGGAGCCAGGACGAUGAGAGCUUUGGCUGCUAUGCUGUCUGAGGACCUGAUUAUGCUGCCUGUGUCUGUAACUUCCUUGUUGUGCCCUUUGAUUUUUAACUCUAAAUCCUACUGUAAAUGGAUAGUCACAUCAUAACCCCACAUCCCAACAAGUUGGACUGAUUAUACCAUGUCUGCCAUAGAUGAUCAAGAAUCACUUGUGGUAUUUAACUAAAGAAACAAAAAUUUUUUAAAAUUAAAUCAAUAGGCUUGAGUAAAUUUUACAUUCAUAUUUACAAUUUAUAGAAUUGUUGUCGGUGCAUCUUUUGAGUUUAGAGUCAACAUCAUCAUCCAGAAAUAUUCUUUGUGAAUAGUGACUAGUUCUGCUGUUCUCAAUUUUAAAAAGAAAACCUAAAGUAUGACUAAAUUACCAGCCGGUCUUUUUUUCUUUUCCCACCAGCCAGUCCUAAAUAUCUUGUAUAAAUAGCUAUGACAAACGAUGUGACUAAAUAAUGUUAUUAAAAACAAUUGUAAGUAUUGUGGUGGCUUUAAAUCUGUACACGUUCUUAGUGUAACUACAUAAAUGGUGUACAAGUAUGA